AUUUUUGUAAGACUAUAGCGUUUGAUUAGCUAUAGGGCGAUAAUCCUCAGUUUGUUUAUUGGAACGACCACAAUAACAUAGAACUUGUGUUUGGUUUAUCGAUGCCAAAUAACCCGAAUAUGAUUAUCAUCGUGGUCCGGCGUUAAUGAAUGCUGCGGUUGCCACAGGCGAAACGAAAACGCGUUUGUAUAUAAUUCACUUUCUGACGCAAAGUAAAUAGAAGCGAAAACACUUGUUUUGAAGAAGAUAAAGACGUGGAGUAGUUUUUCCUCCCUGUACAAAAAUGAGUUCAAAAAAUUUGAGUGCGACAGAACUUGCUGGUUGCCAACGUGGAGAAACACAGUGUUUGCUUCAAACAUGUACUGAAGACACGGAGGAAUUUGUUUCUCAGGGAAAAAUGAAGAAUUUUCAUAAAGGCAAAGAAAUGCUUGAGCAGGAACCUACGGGAUGCACAGAGGAUAUCGUCAUAUUUGUAAAAGAAACAGUUGAGUCUGAGAGGAAUGAACAUCCAGAACAGGGAGAUGAAAAACUCAAACCCAUGGAAACCAAAGAAGUCGCAAAAGGUCAGGAGGAAAUGGCAGACUGCAGAUCUAGAUUAGAGGACGAAGUGACAUUUGCAGAAAGAUACCCUAGUUUGGCUGAAGCAGAAGAGAGCGAAAGUGAUGAUUGUCUCUCAGAACCCAUCAAACAAGAACAAGAACGACUUGUCCUUCACGAGAACCACGGGAACGUUGUGGACGAAUCGUGCGAUAUAUGCUUUAAGAUUCUCGAAGAUAACAAAGAUCAAUUGGCAAAAAUAUGCUGCUCGGGGGAAACAUGCUGUUUGAAUAAGCUGUCUUUGCAAAAAAUGGAUACGUUCGAUGAUGAAAUAGCAACGCUGAAAGAGAGCGACAGAACACCGGGUAAUAUAAAUCUAAUCGCAGGCGGCGGUUCAGCCCAUGCAAGUAUCCUCAGUCUAUCAACCUGCCACGACUCAUUACCAUCGUCUAGACGAAGUCCAAGCAAGAAAGAUCUUUAUUUGGAUCUGGAGUGUCGUAUCUGCCACGAUGUUGAAGGGCAUGAUCUUAUAAGCCCUUGUCACUGCGCAGGAACAUCCAAAUGGGUGCACGAGUCAUGCAUUAUCAGAUGGAUACGCCAUACAAAGACAAAGCAAUGUGAGAUAUGUACGUGCCCCAUCACCGUGAAACGGAAGAAAAAACCCAUAGAUCAGUGGACCCGUCCAUCAGCGUCUUGUGGUCCUUGUAACAAGCUUGACAUAUGGUAUUGUUUCGUCCUUGCUUUGUGCAUCCUCAUCAUCAUAGGUUUCGUUGUUCUACAAAGUCAUUAUGAUGUGACGGAUCAGGUUGAGACCACAGUGAUUUUUGCGUCAAUUUACGUUCUCUGUGGCAUGAUUAUUAUGAUGAAAGCGAGGUAUUUCUGGACGUGGUUCGUGCAGAGAAGUUCCUUCUGGGGAAAUUGGAAAAAUUUGAAUGAAGAAUGGAAAAUUGUUGAGGCGAACGACGCUAAUGUCCAAUCACCUGUUUCGCCUGUCUGACUUAACUGACCUUGAUA